CUAAAAGUGAGAAGCCUGAGGCAAACAUGGUUCAACGAAGAUACCUCUGUUAUUUGUUAAUGAUUACUUGCCUAUCUGGCGUGCAUACACAGGAUCUCAUCAAAGGCAAGAACACAGCGGAUAAACAAUUACGAGUGUGCGUUGUUGAAGGUAGUGGUUUAUAUAAAAAGGGAGCACAAAAUUGUCCAACGUUGGAAGAAAAAUCUGAUAUCAAAUGCGUUUACGGGGUCGACCGGUUGGACUGUCUGCGAAAGAUCCAAAAGGGAAAGGCAAAUUUUGCUGUGUUUUUCCCUGAAGAUCUGCUAGCCGCGAGAUGGUCGGGUGCUGAAAUUCUAGUCACCAGUGAACUUCGUUUCCAUAAUGAGUUUUUCGAAUAUGAAGUUGUAGCUGUUGUAGACAAUGAGGCCCACAUCAACACCGCAAGGGAACUGAAAGGAAGCAAAUUUUGCCAUCCGGGUCACGGGAUACAGAAUCAUUGGUCAGAAGUUUUAGCAGAUUAUUUCGAAACAAAACUAGUACCCCGUGAAUGUGAAGAAGAUCUCUCUCCAACUGAGUCGAGAAUCAAAGCCGUUGCUAACUUCUUUGGCCCUACCUGCAAAGCUGGUCCUUGGGUGUCAGAUCCGGUGGAAGACAGAAUUUUAAAAAAUAAAUAUCCGUCAUUGUGCCAGUUAUGCUACAACCCGUAUCAGUGUGGCAUCGGUGACAAACAUUGGGGUCGACGUGGACCAUUAUACUGCUUGACUAGCGGAGCCGGUGAAGUCGCAUGGGUUCGUUUGGAUGACGUUCGAAGUCACUUUGGUUUUAGCGGACUUCCACCGGAGGCAGAUCCUGCUGGGUAUAGUUUUCUCUGCCCGGAUGGCCACUUACAACCAUUGAACACGAGAAAGCCUUGCGUUUGGUUGGCAAAACCAUGGCCAGCUGUUGCUGCUCAAAGAAAUGUUGCCAUGAAAGUGCAAGACACGGUGGCGGGUUUGAAUCAUGAUGAUACCAGUAGCUGGCAAAAUGCACUGCUUAUGAUUUUGGAAACGUAUCACGUCAACGUAACGACAUUGGAUAACACUAUUCCAGUUGAUGAUUAUCUGGACCAAGCGGUCGGGUUUCAAGAUGCGUACAAUUUUCCAUCGUGUAAUCCACCAAGGUCAAUAUUGUUCUGCACAACGUCAUUGAUAGAACUUGCCAAAUGUUCUUGGAUGCAAGAGGUUGCUUCGGUCUAUGGAGUGGAACCGAAUAUACAGUGCAUGCGGUCUGAAACGUUGGAUACUUGUCUUAAAAAUGUACACCACAAGGUGUCUGACGUGGUCGUGGUGGAUCAAGACACUCGGCUUAGAGCAGAACGUGAUUACAAGUUGAAACCGAUUCUUUACGAAUACGCAUCUACGCUCGAGGACAAGUAUGUUGUGGUUGCGGUAAUUCGAGCAGGAUCGAAGAUCAAAACGGGAUUCGAUUUGCGGGGCAAGAAGGCUUGUUUUCCGAGUUAUCAAGGAGCGGCGUAUUUGUCUGUAUUGGAGUCACUGAUGAAUCAUACGAAUUUUAUUGAUGAGUGCACUGAUGUAUCCAGUUAUUUCUCAUCAAAGUCUUGUAACUGGAACACCGGAUCUAGAUGCUCCAGUGCUUAUAAUGGGGAAGAAGGAGCCUUAAGAUGCCUCUUGGAGGGAGCCGGAGAUGUGGCAUUCUUUAGCUAUGAAACGUUUAAGAAAUUCAAAGGAAACGAGUUCCAAUGGGCACACAAGCACACGCCAUCGGAGUUUAGCUUGUUCUGUCCAUUCAACAAACCUUUAAAAUCGAAAGCUGUUUGUUACUUGAACUGGGUAUCUCGUGGUCACAUCAUGAUUAGUGACUCUGCUUCGGUGUUACGUGAAAAGGAAAUCUACAAUUCGUUGCGGGAGAUUGACAGACUUCUGGGGAAAAAGCAUCGUGUCACAUCAGUUCCAUUCACUCUGUACGGAACAUUCGACCGCAGAACUAAUGUUAUUUACAGAGAUGGCACUGAGUCUCUCCGGGGUCAAACUGAAAUGUAUCGUGAUAGGAAUGCCGGCCUACUUGAUUCGAUUUAUUCAAGGAUAGCGCAUAAAAACUGUACUCACAGCCAUGCCACCAGGACAGCGAUGUCGUCAGCAUUAGCUAUCAAUGCCAUAUUGAUUUUUAUUUAUUCCUCGUUUUACCUUUUGUGAUCUCCAGUGACUGAAUAGCUUUUGAACGUUAGUGAAAAAACAAUUUGUGAUAUUAUUUAUACUUAAACAACGCAAUAAAGCAUUUUAAGAGACAUCCAAAA